AUGCCAGGAGAUUUGAGACAAGGUACACCACCUGUCAAUCAUACCCACUCCCUGAGCAGCUGCAAUCCCUUUCCCACCGGCCUGGGAAACCAAUCAGUGUAUGAUUCGGCUUCCUACCAGUCAUACCACGAUUUCCGGGAUGCGAUUCUCGCCCCUCCUGCUGCAUUGACAACACAUAGCACUAAAAGUCUGUCAGAACCAACAGAAAGUGACCACACCCGUCCUUCCAAUCACCGACGUGCGAACACCGAGAUUAUUCCACCGCGUUCCUUGUCCUCAUCUGCCCGAUCUCUAGCUCGUUCUGAGACGAAAGGAACGUUUGACACUGGUGGAAAGUCCUUGGCAGAUUGGUUUCCAGGAAAAUCUGAGUCUAGCGCCCUGGGGAGGUCUCCUUCUCCCACCAAAGAACACCCAUCGACGAUGGAUUCCACUCCAGAAACUACCAUGAACUCACAACUUCAUGAGACUUUGCCAGUCUCGACGCUCUCAAACUAUCCUCCCACGAGCCGUUUCCAGAAAAGGAUGACCGCCCCGUCGGCCCUGAGACAGGUCGCAUCGUCUCGUUUUUCUUGGUUUGGUUCGAAACCGCAAGAGCCGGCCAAACCCGUGCUUCCUGAGCCAGCCGACGAUGAGUUCCUGAACUUAGAUAUCACGGGGGCCUUAUUUCCCCCGGGAUCCAGCAAGGAGUACAGCCAAGAGGCAUUUGAGGCACUUCAGGCUAAUGCAGAGAACAUCCUCCGGCGCCUGCAAGCAACGUACAAACAACGAACCUUCGCGUUACAUGAGGUCAUGGCCGAGAAGACGGCGUUGCAGGAAGAGCUGGCAGAAGCCCGAACUCGGGUGCAAAAUCUCAAGAUGCAGCUCGACGGCAUGGCUCAGAAGGCCCUCGAGACGGAGAAAACCACCAAAGCUCUCGCCGAAGAGCUCGAGAAGGAAAGGCAGGCCCGACGCGAGGCUGAAGAGGCUCGCAGGCGCAGCGUGGUUCUGGUGUCGGGUCGGAAUAGCGACAGCUUCAGCGAUAUCAUGGAAACGCCCCGGCGGCAUGCAAAGCGACACAGCAGCUCGACUUUAACCAGUGACUCGGGCUUUGAGUCUGGUGACGAGAGUUCGGCGGAGAGUAUUUUUUCCCGACGGAUUGAAUAUCCUGGAUCGCCGCUGUCUACCUUUUCAACGCCGGCUUGCUCUACAUCACCUGAAGCCACAUUGUCACCCCCCGUCAGCACAACAUCUCAGACGACUCCUAAGCCACACCCACCCGCAUCGCAACCCCAGCCACGUCUGUCAGCGUACGACCGAGUCAUCAAAGGUCUCAGUCCGCUUACCAACGCGCUCGUCGGCAGCAACAACUCGCAGUCCAAAUGCUCCAACUGUCAUGGAGUGCCUGCGUCCGAGGCCUGGAGCGUACUGGGCGUUCUGGGCGAAGAGAACAAGGGCCUUAAACAACGAAUCGGUGACCUGGAGGCGAUAAUCGAUGAUUGCCUUAAUAUCGUUGGCUCAUGA